AUGAGUAUUUAUAAGACGCCAUAUGAAAGUUUAGACAAUGGAAAAGAAUCAUUAACAGCUCUAAAGCAUAUAGACAGUGAUUCAGAAACAUCUAGUAUUUACUAUGAACUUAAAAAUGAAUAUUCAUAUCAAUAUUCAUCACCAAAUGAUGCAUCACUUUUAUCCACCUCAUCAACAUUUUUAUCAAAUACCUCAAAAUUAACAAAUAUAAAAGUACCUGUAGGAAGAAGAUACACAUUUACUGAUAUAUUUAGAUCAUCUACACCAACUACACCAAAUAUUGAGAAUACGAAAAAUUCUGUAGUGUCACUACCUGACACCAAUAAAAGGAAACAUAGUACUUCAUCAAUUGUUUCCGCUUCAACUUAUGGUUCAUUAAGAAGAGGAAAAAUUUUCAAUGAUUAUGAUAGCUAUAAGGAUGUAAGCGGUAGUAUUAAAAAAAUUGAACAAGUUAAAGAAGAUAAAAUUGAUGAUGAUUCUGUUUCAAAUAAAUCUCAAAAAUCUAUUAAAUUAAAAGAUUUAUCUAAAAAAGAAUGGAUAAUAAUUGUUAUGUUGGCAAUGUCUAAUUUAUGUAGUACAAUUGCCUUUAGUUGUAUAGCACCAUUUUAUCCAUUGGAGGCACAACAAAAAGGUAUGGAUAAAUUUGAAACUGGAAUUGUUUUUGGUAUAUUUGAAUUUAUGAUGUUUAUAACAACACCAAUUAUGGGAAAAUAUAUGGUAUUAAUUGGAUCAAAAAGAAUGUUUAGUGGUGGAUUAUUAACUACUGCUUUUACAUCUUUAGCUUUUGGUUUUAUUAAUUAUAUACCUGCUGGUUCUUUCUUUUUUUGGAUAUCUGUUUUAUUACGUGUUGUUGAAGCUAUUGGUGAUGCUGCUUUUGUUACUUCAUCUUUUGCUAUUGCUGCAAAAUGUUUUCCAAAUCAUAUAGCAACAAUAGUUGGAUUGAUGGAAACAUUUGCUGGUAUUGGGUAUACUGCCGGACCUAUGAUAGGAGGAAUAUUAUAUGAAUAUGGUGGUUUUCAACUUCCAUUUAUUGUACUUGGUGGAUCACUUCUUUUUACAGCUAUAUGUUCACUUUUUGCAAUUGAAAAUUUUGAAGAUGAAAUAUGUGAUAGUAGUAGAGGAAUGAUUGGAAUGUUAAAAAUGCCAUUAAUAUGGAUAAUGUCUGUAGCAGUUGUAUUAUGUGCUGUAUCAAUAUCUUUUCUUGAUCCAACAUUAGCUGGACAUUUAGAAUCAUUUGAUCUCUCUCCAACAAUGGUUGGUAUUAUGUUUCUAUUUUGUGCCGGUGGUUAUACAAUUUCAGCACCAUUAUUAGGUAUACUUGUUGAUAAAUAUAGUUGUGCAAAUACACUUCUUGUUGUUGGUGCAAUUGCUACAAUGUCUUCAAUGUUUGCUAUUGGUCCAGCACCAUUUAUACCAUUUGAUAAAGAUUUAUAUGUAAUUAGUAUAGCAUUAACUGUAUUAGGAUUUGCUGCUGGAGCAUUAUUUAUACCAACAUUUCAAACAUCAUUAGAUGCUGUCAAAGAAAAAGGAUAUGAAGACAAUUUUCAAACUUAUGGUUGUGUUUCUGGAAUUUUUCAAUCUGCCUUUGCAUUAGGUGGAUUUUUAGGUCCAACAAUAGGUGGUUUCUCAGCUGAAUGGUUUGGUUUCAAUUGGACUGUUGCUUUAAUUGGAUUUGCAAAUGGAAUAUUUUUAAUUAUACUAUUUAUAUAUAUUCUUAUAAUACCUAGAAUUAAAAAAAAUGUUAAUAACUUAGAAAGGAAGGAAGAUAUUAGUACAACACCAUUAAAUACAUCCUUACAAAAUUCUUCGAUAAACAGUAUUAAAGCAUAA